AUGAUCAGCGACGUUCAACUCGGAAUUGCUGCCAACAUUCUUGGAAUCGCGAUGCUCAUGCUCGUCGUCCUCUUCCACUAUCUCAACGCCAACCAGAAGAACAAGUAA